AUGCUUGAAUGCAAACCCUGUAAAACUCCUGUGGCAUAUGGGAAAAGAGCUUCAUUAUAUGAUGGUACUUUGUUAACUGAUGCUGCUAGUUACAGAUCUCUUGUAGGAGGAAUUCAAUACCUCAAUAUGUCCAGGCCUGAUUUGAGCUUUGCAGUCAAUUAUGUUUCUCAAUUCAUGCAUCAGCCAACUGAUGUUCAUUUGCAGCUAGCCAAAAGUAUUUUGAGGUAUGUGAAGGGAUCUUUAGGCUCUGGCAUUAAGUUUAAACCUGGAGAUUGUACCACCAUUUCUGCUUACAGUGAUAGUGAUUGGGCUGGAUGCCCUGACACUAGAAAGUCUACUACUGGAUAUUGUGUGUUUAUGGGUCCAAAUUUGGUUGCUUGGUCUUCUAAGAAGCAACCAACUAUAUCCAGAUCUAGCACUGAGGCAGAAUAUAAGGCUUUUGAAGUCACUGCAACUGAAGUUCAAUGGAUUUCUUAUUUGCUAAAUGAAUUGGGUUUCUCAGUUACAACUCCCUGA